CUGUCUGUCUUGCCCUGCAGCAUGGACCAAAGAGAGAUUCUGCAGAAGUUCCUGGAUGAGGCCCAAAACAAGAAAAGUAACAAAGAGGAGUUUGCCAAUGAAUUUCUGAUGCUGAAAAGACUAUCCACCAAGUAUAAGGCAGAUAAAACCUAUCCCACAACUGAGGCUGAGAGGCCCAAGAAUAUCAAGAAAAACAGAUAUAAGGAUAUCUUGCCCUAUGACCACAGUCGAGUAGAGCUGUCCAUGAUAACCACUAAUGAGGAUUCCAGCUACAUCAAUGCCAACUUCAUUAAGGGAGUUUAUGGACCCAAGGCUUAUAUUGCCACCCAGGGACCUUUGCCUACAACUGUCCUGGACUUCUGGAGGAUGAUUUGGGAAUACAGCAUCCUGAUCAUUGUUAUGGCAUGCAUGGAGUUUGAAAUGGGGAAGAAAAAAUGUGAGCGCUACUGGGCUGAGCUAGGAGAAAUGCAACUGCAACUUGGCCCUUUCUCCAUAUCCUGUGAAGCUGAAAAUAAAAAAUCUGAUUAUACAAUCAGGACUCUACAAGCCAAGUUCAAUAGUGAAACUCGAACCAUCUACCAGUUCCAUUACAAGAACUGGCCAGACCACGAUGUGCCUUCCUCUGUAGACCCUAUUCUUGAGCUCAUCUGGGAUGUGCGUUGUUACCAAGAGGAUAACAGUGUUCCCAUAUGCAUUCACUGCAGUGCUGGUUGUGGAAGGACUGGUGUUAUCUGUGCUAUUGAUUAUAUGUGGAUGUUGCUAAAAGAUGGGAUAAUUCCUGAGAACUUCAGUGUUUUUAGUUUGAUCCAGGAAAUGCGAACACAGAGGCCUUCAUUAGUUCAAACUCAGGAACAGUAUGAACUGGUCUACAAUGCUGUAUUAGAACUAUUUAAGAGACAGAUGGAUGUUAUCAGGGAUAAACACUCUGGAACAGAGAUUCAAGCAAAGUAUUCAGUUUCUAAGCAAAAUCCCAAUCUAGAAGCAGAUUCUUAUUCUCCUAAUUUACCAAAAAGCAUCAUAAAAGAAGCAAAAGUGAUGAACCAACAGAACAAAGGAAGGAUAAGGGUGAAAAGUGAAGAAGCUUCUUCCUUUAACCUCAAGAUUUCUGAAAUAAAUGAAAAGGAAGGGUUAGUAAUGCACCCUUCUAAACAGAGCAGUUCUUUAGAGUUUUUGGAGCUAAAUUGUGGUUGUAACAAAAAAGUUGACACAACCAUGAAAUGGGAGAGAAAGGUAUUCCCAAUAGCUGGGGAGCCUCUUCAGAAGCAUCAAAGUUUGGACUUGAGCUCCAUUUUAUUUGGAGCAUGUCCUAACUCUAAACCUGUAAGUGCAGCAGGAAGAUGUUUUAAUUUAAAGGGGCCAAUAAUGCGGACCAAAUCAACUCCCUUUGAAUUGAUGCAACAGAGAGACACCAAAGAGUUGGACGUCAAGGAAAAUUUUUAUUUGGAAUCUCACCCACACAAUUCUUGUCUUGAGCAGGCUCAAAAAGUGAUGCAUGUUUCUUCAGCAGAACUGAAUUAUUCACCAUCAUAUGACUCUAAGCAUCAACUGUGCAAUGCCUCUAAUGCAAAGCAGCAUGGCUCUGGUGCUUUUAAAGUACUUCCUUACAUGUCUUUAGUAGAAGAUUCUUAUUUUUCAUCAUUGUCUCCAAGUAGUGCUGGUUCUAAGAUGUCUCUUGAUUUACCUGAGAAGCAAGAUGAAACUGUUUUACCUUGUUCUUCACUGCCAAAAUCUUCUACAACCCUCUUUCCUUAUUACAAUUCACGUGAUUCUUUAGCACUGACUCCUCUGACCAAUUUCCCCCCACCACUGAACCAAGAGACAGCAGUAGUAGCAACUUCUCCAAGAAUAGAUGAUGAAAUUCCCCCUCCACUUCCUGAACGGACACCUGAAUCUUUUAUUGUGGUAGACGAAGCUGGAGAAUUCCCCCUGGAUGUUCCCAAAUCUUCAUCUUCAGCUUUGAAGGUAAAAAUUGGAACAUCAUUAGAAUGUAGUAGAACAUCUGAAUCAAAGAAAUUUGAUGAUUUGAGUGUAAAACCCCAGAGUCCCAAAUCAGAUCAACACCAAGAUCGUUCUUCUUCCCUGCCACCUCCACUGCCAGAAAGGACCUUAGAGUCCUUCCUUGUUGCUGAUGAAGAUUGUAUGCAGGCUCAACCUAUAGAGACUUAUUCUACUAGCUGUCCUAACACCAUGGAAAAUUCAACAUCCUCAAAACAGACAUUGAAGACUCCUGGAAAAUGUUUCACAAGGAGUAAGAGUUUGAAAAUUUUGCAAAACAUGAAAAAGAGUAUCUGUAAUUCUUCCCCACCAAACAAUCCUGCAGACUCUGUUCAGUCAAAUAACUCCAGCUCCUUUUUGAAUUUUGGUUUUGCAAAUCGUUUUUCAAAACCCAAAGGACCAAGGAACCCACCAUCAACUUGGAAUAUUUAACACAACUUUGGAAAAUCAGC